CGCCUCUAAGCCCCGCCCAUCGCUGAUGCUGCUGCUGGCCGUCAACCGGACAGUCAAAUAUAAUAAUCUGUGGUCCACUGCAGCUUGAAGUGAUAUUACGUUCUUAUAAACUAGCAUCCGCAUCCGUUUUCUACCCGCAGCUUGUUCCUCUCCUGCAGACGUUUUUUGCGCAAUCACCCCUUCCGCUUUUGAGAUAGUCGGAGCUUUUGAAGCGCUCCAGCAACGUAAGGACGAAUCGAAAGGUUACAGUAACAGCUGAAGGACUAGCGCGUAAAACCACCGGCAACGGCUCGCAAAGCGUGUAGAUACAGAUUGCCAUGACAGAGUGUGGUGGGGAUGCAAAGCUGGAGGUGAAACAGGCCAGCAAAGAGUUUAAAGAGAGCGAAAACGUUGCCGAGAAAUACUCCGCGAUGACAGGCACGAAGAACAGCGACAUGAACAUGAACGUCGGCGAGCUGUCCGCCGCAUUCACUGCGGUCCCGACCCACAAAUCCAUGAAAAAGCAGAUUCAGUUUGCCAACCAGGAGGAAAAACAGGAGUUCAGCAAGUUCCCUACAAAGACCGGCCGUCGCUCCUUGUCCCGCUCCAUCUCUCAGUCCUCCACGGACAGCUACAGCUCAGCGGCCUCGUACACCGACAGUUCAGAUGAUGAGACGUCUCCUCGUGAGAAAAGCCAGGUCAACUCAAAGGGCAGCAGCGACUUCUGCGUCAAGAACAUCAAGCAGGCCGAGUUCGGACGGCGGGAGAUUGAGAUCGCCGAGCAAGAUAUGUCUGCACUCAUUUCCCUGCGGAAGCGAGCUCAGGGGGAGAAACCCCUCGCUGGGGCUAAAGUGGUUGGCUGCACCCACAUCACUGCACAGACUGCAGUCUUGAUCGAGACACUUGUGGCACUGGGCGCUCAGUGUCGCUGGACUGCCUGUAACAUUUACUCCACUCAGAAUGAAGUGGCCGCAGCUUUGGCAGAGAGCGGUGUUUCAGUUUUUGCCUGGAAAGGUGAAUCAGAAGAUGACUUCUGGUGGUGCAUUGAUCGCUGCGUCAACGUGGAAGGCUGGCAAGCGAACAUGAUCCUAGAUGAUGGUGGAGAUCUGACCCACUGGGUGUAUAAGAAAUAUCCCAGUGUCUUCAAGAAAGUACGUGGGAUUGUUGAGGAGAGCGUUACAGGUGUACACAGGCUGUACCAACUCUCCAAAGCUGGCAAGCUAUGCGUUCCUGCUAUGAAUGUCAAUGAUUCUGUCACCAAACAGAAGUUUGAUAAUCUGUACUGCUGCAGGGAGUCCAUCUUGGAUGGUCUGAAGAGAACGACAGAUGUGAUGUUUGGUGGGAAGCAGGUGGUGGUUUGUGGCUACGGAGAGGUGGGAAAAGGUUGUUGUUCGGCUCUGAAAGCACUUGGAGCCAUUGUGUGUGUGACGGAGAUUGACCCUAUUUGUGCUCUUCAAGCUUGUAUGGAUGGCUUCAGAGUGGUGAAGCUCAAUGAGGUGGUUCGCCAAAUGGACAUGGUUAUCACCUGCACGGGGAACAAAAACGUUGUGACCAGGGAGCACUUGGAUCGAAUGAAGAAUGGCUGUAUUGUCUGUAACAUGGGUCAUUCCAACACUGAGAUUGAUGUGGCGAGUCUGCGGACUCCAGAGCUCACCUGGGAGAGGGUGCGCUCACAGGUCGACCACGUCAUCUGGCCUGACGGGAAACGAGUGAUUUUACUGGCAGAGGGCCGGCUUUUGAACCUGAGCUGCUCGACAGUCCCCUCAUUUGUGCUAUCAAUCACGGCCACAACCCAGGCUUUGGCCCUGAUAGAGCUGUAUAAUGCACCAGAAGGUCGCUACAAACAGGAUGUCUACCUGCUGCCCAAGAAAAUGGAUGAAUAUGUGGCCAGCUUGCACCUACCCAAUUUCGAUGCUCAUCUUACAGAGCUGUCAGAUGAACAGGCCAAAUAUAUGGGCCUCAAUAAGAAUGGCCCCUUCAAACCAAACUACUACAGAUAUUAGUGUGACUGGAUGGAUUCAGCCUUCAUCAAAGAUGGAGAGACCUGUAUGAGACCAGUGAAGCAAGAGAUUUAUUUUCUAUUAAUAUACAUUUCUUAAAUGAAACUUGAUUUUACUGAAUGUUAUUCUUAUUUAAUAGUGUUACUAAUGUCCAGUGACAAAAUAUACGAUCAUGUCACUUUUAGGCUUAUGUGCAUUGUUAGAACUCAUGUAUUAUAGGAUUUGUUGUAAAUCAUCUUUUAACCUAAAAUAUGAAAAGGACCACUGUCUAUGGCUCUAAAAAUGUGCCAAAUAUUGGUUGUAGUUACUGAUCAAAUAAGAGAAUUGAUAAUUAUUACUAUGCUUUGUUUUUACAUGGUUAUUCCGUUCACCCAAAGUUACGCUACACUCGAUCGUUCAUGACCAAAAAAAAGUCUUUGUGGCUUUUUAAUAUAAAAAUGUUAGUCUCAGCAUAAUAUUACUGAUUUAUCGCUCUAGAAUAAGACAAUAUAAAAGCAGUUUUUUGAAUGAAUGUACUGUGUAUUACUGCUAAAAGCUAGAGUGUUCUGGCAAUACGAUACACACCACUGUGUGCAGAAACUUCCGUGACCCGGCAGCACAUGCUGCUAAAUAUACCCCGCUUGGGGGAUUUUAUGAAUCGUGUCACCAAUAGGGAUUCUUCUCCCUUUCACGUUCUCACACACUUCCAUCAUCUCUGUGGCCUUUUACAAAUUCUUCUGUUAAAAUAACGUAGACCAUUAUAUGUUAUUUAGGCCUGUCUUAGAUGACAAUAAAUGUAACCACAGUUGAAAUGAGAUUUUGGGAUAUUCUGUGAGAGAUAUUCUUGCAGAAUAUUAUUGACUCCCAGUAUACCCACACAUAGUAGUUAGACUUACAAGAAGCACACAUAUCCUGAUCACCAUCACUGAGGGACUGCAAAUGUCUUAAGCAAAUAUCACUGUGAAUGCUGUCAUUUGAAUAUUUGCCUCAUCUGCACUUUGUGAUUUACCUUUGCAUACAUCAUUUGUCAUGUGUUCCCCUCUGCCUUGAUGUCAUCGAAUCCCUGCAUUAAAGAUCUUGCUGUCACAA